CAUUGGUAAAAUCAACACAUACUGGAUUCUGAACAAGAAAGUAAAAAGCUGAAUACAUUUUUACGAAGACAAAGUCAAAGUUUUGAUUUGUUUUGUUUCUAAGCCAAAAUUACAAAAUAAUGGGCAACGCUUUCAAAUGCCAAUCGUGCGGACCCGCUACCAACCACAGCGUGUUUACGUUCAGCGAAGACUUGGUGCUUAAAUUCUCCGAAGGAAGACCACCAAAAGGAUUGACCGCUGCUGAAAUGCGCGCAAUGGACAACGUCGGCGAUCAGGAGCUCUUCAAUGAGCUUCGUUGCAUGGACGACAGUCAUAGUAGAGCUUAUGGGUUGACACCAUCACGGGUGCAGAUGUUGCUUGAGCAUUUGGAAGCAGUUGUCGAGGAUAUUUCGAUUAAAUCGUCGAUUUGUGAAAGCGAAGUGAUUUCUAAGUGUUAUGAGAACAAUAGAGAGUGCCCAAUCAAAUGUGCGGAACAAGUCACCGAAUAUGAUAACUGCGUUGACGAAAAGGCUCGAGAUAAGGUACAGGAAGUGCUCACACAAGAGAAACGAUAAUGCAAGUGCAAAAUGCGUAUAAUGUCUUAAAUCCAGUAUACAGUCAACAAUACAGUAACAAAUACAUAACAAAAUCAUAUUAAAUUAUUGGAUAAAGUUA